AUGAUCGAAGAGAACAGCGAUGAGGAGAGGAGGCUCUUUGUUGCCCCUCCCCUCACUGAUGAUGAGAGCAGCGAGGAACCAGAUGCCCCCGUGCAUCCUCUGCGCGUCGAGGGCGAGACCUAUAGCUCCGGGACGACGUUUCGUAUGCCAGUCUGGCUCAGAGAGUCAUCAGCCUCGUUUCAUUGGAGCUGGGUUCCAUUGCCACUGAGAAAAGCUGCCCGCGCGACGGCUCGCUGGGUUAAAGGCCCCGAUCCCCCGCAUGAUUUGCGAUUUCGACCUUUCUUUCCAAAAAUACAAGAGCUCCCUGUGCAGCUCUUCGACCACUAUGCGCACACAAAGCCCCGCAAAAUAGCGGCAUUACUGUUUAUAUAUUUUAUCUGGUUUCUGACUUGGUUCUUGAUUUUGGUCAAAUCGAACACGUCCGGCAAUAUUGAAGGCUACGGCCGUCCGCAGCCCAUCUCUUGCGCUUCUUCGUAUUGGUCUUCUGGGAACAGCUGCGGCCUGAAUGGCAAUGGUUGCCGCCCAUUCAAGGCUUCGCCUUCUGCUUUCCGUUGUCCGGCAAACUGCAAGUCUCUGAUUCUCCUCGACGAACGCACUGUCGGCAAUCAGACGCUCAACUACCAGCCCCUUAUUAUUGGCGGACCCGAGUCGAAUUCUUCUGAGCCUGGUAUUUAUCGCGCAGAUAGUUUUGUUUGCCAAGCCGCCAUACACGCUGGCGUGGUCACCGAUGCAGGCGGUGGAUGUGGUGUGGUGAAACUGGAGGGAGCUGCACAUUCGUUCCCAGCAUCUACACAAAACGGAUUUACUUCGACUGAAUUCACAUCUACCUUUCCAAAGUCGUUUAGUUUUGUUCCGCUUUCUUCUGCCCAGGCCACUUGCCCCUCGGAUCCUCGAUGGCUACUGCUCGGCAUCACCACUGCGGCGGUGGCGCUCAUCUCCAUUUUCACAACCUCGCCUGGAGUGUUUUUCUUCAGCACCUUUGGCUUACUCAUUAUCCACGUCGGCGUGGUAUCCGACCCACCUAACAUGGGGUCACUCACAGACCUCUUCUCGCUAUUAUUAUCACGCGUGCUUCCUGCUUCGUUCAUAGCAUACGUACUAUAUCUCUACGCAGCUCGUAUACUGCUGAGAAACUUCUCCAGUCCCGGGUAUCAACUGGAGAAAACGAUCUUAUAUUUAACCCCUGCAUUUAUUGGCGCUCUGAACAACUAUACAUUUGCUCUCUGGAUCCCACUCCAACGACUCACGCCACACGAUCUGCAGAACCAACCCGGUGCCAAGUUGGCACUCGGAAUAGUAGUCACUAUCAUCCUCACCAUUGUUCUGACCCAAACGUGGUUCAUUCGGCAAGCGGGCUUGAUGCCACGUUAUCUCAAGGUCUACAUAUCUUUUGUGGCUGGCAUCCUUUUCUUGCUAGCGUUACCGGGACUUCGACUUCGAAUCCAUCACUACAUCCUUGCAAUGCUACUUAUACCGGGAACAGCGAUCCCAACGCGCCCCUCGGUAAUCUACCAGGGUCUACUUUUAGGUCUAUUCAUCAAUGGCGUCGCCCGCUGGGGCUUCGCGUCCAUCAUCGAGACACCCGCGGCACUGGGCGAAGACCCGACAACCCCCGGAGGAUGGUGGGGCGCAUCAUAUCCAAAUAUCACCAAUUCAUCCGUUGCCAUCAGUUUAGAACCUGCCCCGUCGCUACGUCUCUGGGACGAGAGUCGUUAUUACGGCAACGGAAACAUCACAUUCGACCUCUGGGAAUAUGAACGAAUGGGCCGUCUCGGCGUCGACGGAAUCAGCAUCCUCGUCAACGAUGUUGAACGCUGGCGUGGCUAUCUUGAUGAAAACCGCAAGGGGAAAUUCACCUGGCACCGACACGGCUCCGAGGGACUGGAGUUGAUCAACACGGGGCUCGACAUGGACGUCGAUCAACCACAAGAAGCGCGUCAUAUUAAUGAUGAAGAUUACGGCGAACCACAAGAUCUUUUCUUCCGGUUUGCGUUUAUGAGAGGCUCGUCAACGGGCCACUAUGGAGGCUCUGGGGUUUGGCUCAAGGAUGGUCGGUGGAUUGGACCGCCUCCGCAGAAGAAGCCUGACCCGUACGUAUAA